AUGGAUGGAAAUUUAACAGUGGACCCGGAUCUAACAGAGGACGAAGAGUUAGCAAUGGACGAAACCGAUUCUGACGAGGCUCCUUUCAUAUGGGACGACGAUACCGAAUCUGAACCGGACUCUCCCACUGCUCCUCCCGCGCGGAACGUCGACUUCAACACCCAACUACAGGCCGCUUGCAAAAUAGGCUACUAUCCUAAAGUGGUGGAGAUGAUGAUCAGAGGAGCCAAUCCGUAUGCCAAAAAUGAAUCUGGACUGAGCGCCAUGGACAUAUGCGAUGUUAUUGGCAGAGUCGACAUCGUCAAAUAUUUUCUACGUAAUCUAAAUAUCGCAAAGAAUGGAUUGAGAGCUCUUAUGUGCGCUGUCCGCGACUGUAGGGGCACCGUUGUGAGGGCUUUGCUCGAGAUGGGAGUUAGCAGUCAGCUCUCCAACGUAGAGCUCUACAAGAGCAUCUUGAUCUCCGCGUGCGCAAUGAGCAGCCCGGCCGUUAUCGAGGCGCUGGUGAGACAUGGUCCAGGACAUCCUAUUUCCAUCUGGGAGCAGCUCCUGGUACUCAUUGCUAAUUUGGCCGGCAAUAUCGACAUCAGCAACCUUGUCCGUGAGCUCGCUGAGAGAGAGCGACAAAAGCUACUUGCAGAUGUAGAAGCAUUCCUUGCUACUGCAAACAAGCAAUCUAACCGUAACCCCGAGAAUAGUAAGCCAGUUGAACCGGUUCAUCUCCCCAAGGCGGAAGAAGAGAAGAGAUCUAUUUUCAAGGAGGGAGCGGACCCGGAGAAAGUAUUCUUUGAAUUUGUCAAUUGGGACGACGAGCUUGCCGAGAUGGCUAGUGUGGGCAAGGUGAUGUCUGCUCCUUGACGUUCUCUGGAAGAGAAAAGACACAUAUGCGCGGCACAAUGCUCUGUACAUUAUCGGUAUCUAUGACUGGCAUCGUUUCAUGCGUGUCGGUAGGGUGGGUUGGUUGACG